UUGCAGGUGUUCGCGUGGCAGAUUCUUCGCGAAUCAGUGACGGAUGAAGAGCUUCGCAAUGUGCAAAUCAGCUUACGUACAUUCCAUGGAGAGACGGCAUCUCACCUCCUCACCAGGCAGCUCCCUAAGAUUCGACUUGUGGUCGAGGCCACGAUGAAGUAUUUCAAGUGGGACUCACUUCCAGAGGAAAGUCAACUGAGCAAGGCAAAGCUCAUACUCAGUCAUUUGAAAAACAACGCCAAAGUUCGCAACUGGACGCUGCGUGAGGGCAGACCAAAUAGGUGA